CGCUUUAAAAGCCGCAUACGCCCCGUUGGCUGGCAUCAGUGUUAGCUUGUCAGAGCUUUAGUGAAGAUCCCACAGAAACCGAAUCCCCAAACCAAAAACCAAACAUGUCUCUUGAGCGUGCCGUUCGUGCCAAGAUUGCUGGCAAGCGCAAUCCCGAGAUGGACAAGGAGGCCCAGGAGUGGAUUGAGGCCAUCAUAAACGAGAAGUUCCCCAAGGGCGAGUCCUACGAGGAUGUGCUCAAGGACGGCCAGGUGCUGUGCAAGCUGAUCAACGUUCUGGCCCCCAACUCGGUGCCCAAGGUCAACUCGUCGGGCGGCCAGUUCAAGUUCAUGGAGAACAUCAACAACUUCCAGAAGGCCCUGAAGGAGUACGGUGUGCCCGACAUCGAUGUCUUCCAGACCGUCGAUCUGUACGAGAAGAAGGAUAUCGCCAACGUGACCAACACCAUCUUCGCUCUUGGCCGUGCUACCUACAAGCACGCCGACUUCAAGGGUCCCUUCCUGGGCCCCAAGCCCGCCGAUGAGUGCAAGCGCGACUUCACCGAGGAGCAGCUGAAGGCUGGACAGACCAUCGUGGGUCUGCAGGCCGGUUCCAACAAGGGAGCCACCCAGGCUGGCCAGAACCUCGGCGCCGGCCGCAAGAUCCUGCUCGGCAAGUAAGCCCUUGAAGUGCCAGGACAUCACAAGCCACCCACUUUUCUCCACAUAUAUGCUAAGUGAACACACACACACCCAUAUAUAUACCGUAUAUAUAUAUAUUUUGUAUGAUGAAACAUGAACACAAAGAUAUUCCUCACCAAAGCAAAAAACUCAACACUAAAACACUCACACAAACAACACAUGAAAGCAACGCGAAGGCUCUGUCGCCUUAUAUUAAGUAUACGCCUAAGUUAAUCUAUUUAUGAGUACAAUAAAGUAAUUCACAAAAUCCUA